AUGGAUUCCUUCGCAAGAGCAUUCCAGAAGGGCCUCGCCAAGACGGUCGCCGCCGGCCAGCAGCAGUUGCAGCAGCGACUGUCCAAGUACGACCAGCAGGAUACGAGUGCGAACGCGGCUGGGAACACGUACGGGACAGGCCACCAGGCCCAGGCCCAGUAUGCAUACCACCAGGGCUCAUAUCAGAAGCCGCCCGCGGCCCAGCAGACGUACCAGUCGACGUACUUCCCGCCGCCGCCGGGAACAUCCCAAUCUCAACAUUACCAGAAUAGCUCGUCGUAUGGGCAGUAUGCGCCGGCUGUAAAUAGUUCAACUCUGUCGGCAGCACAGCCUUAUAGUAGUCAUCUGGGCACACCUGCUGCUCAGGCCGGAUAUCAUGGAUACGGGUAUCAGCCUCCGCCGUUGCCUCCCCGGACCAGCCAGCAACCGCCGGUGAAUGAUGGCCGUCCGUCGGAUCAUGACAAGACUGCAUCUUAUAGGCCCCAGAAUACAAAUGCUGACGGGCAUUUUUCUGCGGCGACUACGCAGCAAGCAUAUGGCACGCCUGAUCAGCAAACCGCUCAUAGUAAGCCUGCGCCUCCCGUCUCGUCCGCGACACGGUAUCCUCCUCCGCCGCCGCCUCGAGUGAAUCAACAACAGGAGAGUACUUACCCGCGUGCAGACUACGGUCAGGCUGCAAUUUAUAGACCCUCGGAGCACUCCGUCAAUGUGAAUCAGGGGCAUUCUUCUGUCAUACAUGCCGAACCGGUGAAUAACCCGAAUCAGCACGGCACGACUUAUGCUGUGUCUUCGCCUGGGGUUCAACAGCAGCAGAAUGAGACCGUGUCCCAUUCAGCGGUGAAUGCUGCGACUUGGGCAUCACUAGCGAACACGCAUUCUCCGCCCGUGGCUGCAAAUGUACCGUCUCUCCAGCAGUAUCAACCCGUGGCCGAGACAAGAUCGAGCGCUCCGGUUGUUCAAAUGGACCAGAACGCAUAUGGGACUUCAGAGAAUGCGCACUCGUAUAAUGCGCCAACGACAGCAUUUAUCAACACAUACACUCCACUGGAGAAUAAACAGGGCUCUCCUACGGCGUCGAACACGGCCCCGGCUCAGCAAUAUCAGCCUGUACUGUCACAAGAGCCAAGCCUUCCUGUCAACAACACGGGCUACAACGAAUACACACGUCCAGUCACUACUCAAGCCCAUCAGCCACAGCCUGAGGUCAAACAGUGCCCACCAGCAGCAUCUGGCCCCAGCGCUCUGACACAAGGCCUGAACCCGGACAGCACGGCUCAACAUGACCAACCUCAGAAUGAUGCGGCAUCCAUUGCUCAGCAGAUGAACAAUCUCAGCAUAAACAGUAACCCGGCCGCCUCGCCAGAAAAUCCCCGUGGUCCAUUGCAAAGCCCGAAACCUAAACUCCCUCCAGUAGUAGCCAGCGGCUCACCAAGGGACAUAGUUCGGCAUUGCCCCGAAGAUCGUGUCGUCGAGUACUCCCUCUACUGGUACCAUCUCCCCGAAGUACCAGGAUUCCUCAUCUGCACCAAAUGCCACGAGGAACACAUCCGUGACACGCCGCUAGCGGGACAGUUCAAGCGAAUCCUUGCCGAGGAAGGAUCCUCGUCUACCUGUCGAUUCUGGUACCCGCGCGUCAAAAACUACCUGUGGAAACAAGCCCUCCAGCGGAACGACCUAGAUGACCUGCGCGCCUACGCGUCUCGUCGCCUCGCGAUCCCCAACUGCAAGGGCAAAGAAGCGACGCUUGGAAAAGAAGGCAUCAAGUACUACGGGAUGCGGAACAACGAGAUUGACGGGUUCGUCACUUGUGAAGCAUGCUACCAAGACAAGAUCAUGGGCACCGCUUUCGAGUCCAGUUUCACACCACGCAGCGGCCAAGGCGCCGAGGACAAAUGGAUCUGCAACACAAAUUCAGCGUACAUGAAUCGCGCUCUUGCGCGUUUCGCCGAGAGGAACGACUGGACCGGCUUCAUCGAGGGGGCCACGCGCCGGCUACGGCUGCCAGUAUGCGAGGGCGCCUCCAAGCCCGCCAGCGAAGGGCCCUGGUACGUUUUCCGCCGGAAGCUGGACAACUUCCACGCCUGUGCGACGUGCUUCAUGGACAAGCUGGCGCUGACGGCGUUUGAGGGCGAGUUUGACGCCGUGAACCAGAACGUCGGGUUCGACGCGUGGAUGGAGAUGCUGGGACAGCGCUGGACGUGCGACUUCACCAACUCCUCUCUGCCUGUGCUUGUUGCUCUCGAGACGGCCCUCUACGACGACGACUUUGGCGGGUUCUGGGAGAACGCGCGGACCAUUAGCAAGCUUGUGCCGUGCACGGCCAAGGGCAUCAUACGCGGCAACUGGUGGACGUUAUCCGGGGGUUGUGACGAUUUCGACAUCUGCGAGGCGUGCUACGUGGGUGUUUUCAAGACCAAGGGGCUUGAUAAGUUCCUGGAGCCGGCGACCCGGGACCCCGAAGCGACCAUCGUGUGCGACUUUUGCCCCGCGAGCCCGCGGUUCCGGCAGUUUGCUAACAAGUACAUCGAGGUGCUGGACCGCGGCGUCUUCAGCUACUACGCCGACUGCGUCCGCAAGUUCGCCGGCGUGGCCCCGUGCCCGGGCAUUAACCACCGCGAGAACGCCAGGUGGUGGGGAUACCCGGAGGCUCUGUUCUGCGAAGACUGCUACGUCGGCUUCGUCGCCGACACACGGCUGGCUCCGCACGUUCCUAUCAGGGGGGAGCUCGACCAGCGCGCGCAGAUAUGCCAGGUGUGGUCGCCGCGCAUGCGAGGCAUGUGGACGGAGGCGUGUGCCGCGGGGGAGCCCGGCUCCAGCGCGUCCGACGAACAGGUUGCCGCGUUCAGGGCGUUUGGCGACAAGCGGCUGCAGGUGUACUUGCAGACGGUGCCGAGGAUCAAGUUCAUCCAGCAGAUGAAGGAGAUGAGGAUGAUGAACGCCAUGCACCAGGGCCAGCUGAGCCUCAUGUACUCCGGGAUGAACAGCAUGGCGGUGCUCUCGGGCACGACGGACGGCAAUCUGCAUGGGAACAGCUCGCUGGGGUGGUAUGAGACGGAGAAUGGGGCGACGGGCGCGCAGAUGUUCAACAAUAUGCAGUCUGGGUUUGCGAAUGCGAACAGGACAGAUGAGUGGAUGGAGGUUAUGAGGUUGCAGACCUUGUGGUGUGAGGUGGAAUGA